UCAAAAGGGUCCUCUUUCUGUCGAGAAGAUUGCGAAGUGUGUCAAGAUGAAGCAGGCACCGGAGACCCUCGGCAGCACGAACGGGAAGACCCAGAACUGUGAAGUGAAUCGUGAAUGUUCCGUGUUCCUCAGCAAAGCCCAGCUCUCGACCAGUCUACAGGAGGGGGUCAUGCAGAAGUUCAACGGCCACGACGCACUUCCCUUUAUCCCAUCCGAGAAGCUGAAGGACCUGACGUCCCGUGUAUUUAAUGGCGAACCUGGUGCUCAUGAUGCCAGACUGCGCUUUGAGUCCCAGGAAGUGAAGGCGCUCGGGACGCCGCCCAGCACGACCCCCAUCAAAAACGGCUCUCCGGAGAUUAAGCUGAAGAUCACCAAAACGUACAUGAACGGGAAACCUCUCUUUGAAUCUUCGAUUUGCGGGGACGGCGCUGCUGCCGUGUCCCAGUCGGAAGAACACGGACAAAAACCGGAAAAUAAGGCCAGAAGGAACAGGAAGCGGAGCAUAAAGUACGACUCCUUGCUGGAGCACGGUCUUGUUGAGGCAGCGCUGGUGUCCAGGAUCUCGAGUCCCUCCGACAAAAAGGUUGCGGCUAAGAAAGAGUCCUGUCCAAAUACUGGCAGAGACAAAGACCACCUGUUGAAAUACAGUGUUGGCGACUUGGUGUGGUCCAAAGUGUCCGGUUACCCUUGGUGGCCGUGCAUGGUUUCCGCUGACCCACUCCUUCACAACUACACCAAACUUAAAGGUCAGAAAAAGAGUGCACGCCAGUAUCACGUACAAUUCUUUGGUGAUGCCCCAGAAAGAGCUUGGAUAUUUGAGAAGAGCCUUGUAGCUUUUGAAGGAGAAGGACAGUUUGAAAAAUUAUGCCAGGAAAGUGCCAAGCAGGCACCCACGAAAGCUGAGAAAAUUAAGCUGUUGAAACCUAUUUCAGGGAAAUUGAGGGCCCAGUGGGAAACGGGCAUCGUUCAGGCAGAAGAAGCUGCAAGCAUGUCGGUGGAGGAGCGGAAGGCCAAGUUCACUUUCCUCUACGUGGGGGAGCGGCUUCACCUCAACCCUCACGUAGCUAAGGAGGCAGGCGUUUCUGUGGAGGCUCCGCCUCUGGGACCCAUGGUAGAGCCCUCAGGAGUCCCCGAGGAAGCUGCUGCUGACCCCAAGUCCAUGCGAGAAGAGGGCGUUCCCAUCAAGAGAAGGCGGAGAGGGAAGCUGUCUAGCUCUGCCGAAAACCGAGCGGGUGACCCUGGGACAGUACAGAGUACUCCUCAAAAGAUGGCAGAGGCCGACCCCAAGAGAGGAGUCGGGUCUCCUCCUGGGAGGAAGAAGGCCACGGCCUCCGCUCCACGAAGCAGAAAGGGAGAUGCGGCAUCCCAGUUUCUGGUCUUCUGUCAGAAGCACAGGGAUGAGGUGGUCGCAGAGCACCCGGACGCCUCGGCCGAGGAGGUCAAAGAGCUGCUCGGCUCCCAGUGGGACAUGCUCAACGAGAAGCAGAAGGCGCGCUAUAACACCAAGUUUGCCCUCGUGGCCUCUCCCCAGUCUGAAGAAGACUCCGGUAACGUAAAUGGGAAAAAAAGAAACCAUACCAAGAGGACACAGGACCCUCCUGAAGACGUUGAAAUUGAAGACGCACCCAGGAAAAGACUCAGGACCGACAAGCACGGUCUCCGGAAGAGAGAGACGGCGAGUGACAAGACGGCCCGAACAGGUUCUUGCAAGGCCAUGGAGGCCGCCACCUCGCUGAAGAGCCAGGCAGCAACGAAACACCUGUCUGACGCAUGCAAACCACUGAAGAAGCGAAAUCGGGCGUCUGCAGCAGCGUCGUGCGCUCCUUUUAGCAAAAGUUCAUCUCCUUCUGCGUCCCUAACUGAGAAUGAGCUUUUACGGGAGCCCACAUCAGCCAAGUUGGAUGUGAACCCAGCUGCCCCGUACCGCACUUAAAUGCUGUAAUAUUCCAGAUGCCUGCUGCAGGUGGCACGUCCACGCACUCACUCAGUGACACUCGUACCCCAGUCAUUUUAUGGAAGAUGUGUGAUAAUCUGUUUUCACUGGUAUUAAUAACACACACAAUGAAGAGAACAGAUAACAAAUUUUAAGACCAAGGUAAGAUGCCCAGGCAAGGCCAUUUACCCGAUCCCGCUCAUCUCACGAUAGAGGCACACUCCUCCCGCAGCGGUCCGUGUAGAUGUCAGGCCGAAGGGACGCCCGCCACACGGGGCUGCCCUGGGCCUGCGACGAGGACGCCACGCCGAAGGGGCUGGCCUUGCUAGAGGCCACCCUCGUCCUCUGGCUCAUGACUUACCGAGUUCGUACCGAACACUGCCGGUGCCCGCACCGCCGGAAAGAGAGCGAGCCGCACACAGUAGGAGGAGCCCGCGUCAGCUGCCCCGUUGCCAGCUGGAAUGCACUCAGCACUGUAGACACGAAACCGCUUUCCAACACCGAAGGCAGGAAGGGUUUCGAUUCUGUCCUUUUUUUACUACACAGUUUUACUAUGACACUAGACACAGUGAAUUUGUAGGAAGAAUCUCAUUUUCAGUAUCAUACGAGCCAUUUAACUCUUUUGAUGCAGCGACCAGUAUCUUGGGGAUACCUCGAUCAGGUUAUUUACAACCACAGCUUAAUCGGUUGCUUUUGUAGGACGUCAGCUGUCACAUUAAAUGACUGAGUGUUGGGUGUCGCCCUCUGUCCUACCCCGGGGCGUCCGCAUGCCUGCAUGGAGGGGCACAGGCCACACUUGCCCCUCAGCUCCCGGAGGCAGGACUGCUGUUGACGUUACCGUGUUAGGAGCCCUCGGUCAUUCCCAGCACACUCCGCACACGCGUUCUACCUUUAAUGGAAGUUUCUGACUAAUACUUGUGUUCUAACCGUUAAGUACUGUAACGCAUGUAAAACACUUGGGGUACCUGACGCCUUGCAGGGACUCGGUGGUUCGCUAUUGUGACAAUAAUGGUUAUAACAAUAAAAACAAUAAAAUCUCCAUCAUUCCAUUUUUAUCCCAAAGUAUAAAUUCUGCUCUGGCAUGAAGAGCUCUCCUCCUGACUGCCCCGUGCACGCGGGGGUCGAGUGGCAGACGCUGGGUCUGAGGAGCACGGCCGGGCGCUAGACUGUGGCUGAGCGCUGGGUGGGUGGCUCUGCUCGGACGCGGCGGGAGGCCCGGACGUGAGUGUGGGCAGGGCUGGCGGAGAACUGGUUACGAAAUUGGAAAGUGCGAAGGAAGGUCGUGUAGGAGUGGCCCGGGUCAGGAAACUAUCGCAAGCAGGGUCGAGCCCGUUUGAAACUGUAGCGCGGUGACUUUCGCGUAGGUGGCCGGCCGGCUCCCAGCCCGCGCCGGGGGCACCAGAAGUCAGCCGGAGAGCAGGGGCUUUCCUCCCCGUUGAGGCGCCUGCCGGGAUGAUGGGCCCGUACGUCCGCUGAGUGGCGUCAGCCGAGGACACAGGAGGGUGUGGGGUGGGGCAGGGAUGGGGGUCACGCGGUGUUCCUCCACCGGGGAAGGCACCGCCCCCCCACCCCCGCCCCGAGGAUGUCGGGAAGUGACCAGGCGGGCGACCAGGCAGUGGCAGGUGUGUUCAGCUCCUGCAGGAGGCAGACGGUCCCGCGUGGGGCAGAGCCGUCCCGCUCCAGAUGGCAGCAGCGGUCUUGCUGGGGAACGCUCCCACCCGCGGCUCUUCCUGAAGGUGAGUGGACAGGGCUCCUGUUCUGAAAAGAGCUUAGGAGGCAAGGAAGGUUGUCUGCCACGAUACACAUCCAUUAUGCUACUGACCGAACAUAAAUUCCCUCAUUUCGUAAAGAGAUCAGGACAACACCGGACACGUUCUAGUCUUGCCGUUUGAACUGCUUGUUGUGGAGGUGACUUUUCUUGCACAUAGAACCGUUGUUAACGGCCCCACUUAAUUGCUGCAGUCCAUCUUCCUACCCCACGCUGGUGCCUGGUCAGGGGCGGUAGCUACGAGAAGGAGCGCAAGGCAUUCGGAAGAGGUGAAACCUGUCUGAAUAUAUAAAAGUUGAGGUUGUCGCUGUUCUGAGACUGGAAGUUUCCCGCGAUGAUAGAGGUCCCGUGAAGUAUGUGCACCUAUCGGCAGUAGAGGUUCCCGUUCUGUUGAUGCACCUGUUAGGGGCUUCUGUCUCCCAUGUGGGCCUCCCUCCAGAGUUAAUACAAGAGUUAAACGUCUGCCUCUGAUGGUGAUGGAUUUGGGUGCAUCUCCACACCCUCUUUGUAAUUGUGUCUGUCACAUCUCAAAAUAACCCGUUUUUUUCAAGAGGGAGCUAGCUUCUAAAAACCAACAGGAAACGUAGGCCAGAUCUCAUGACAAGGAUGCUCCGUGUGGUGAACGGAACCCGCACGGUGCAUGGACGAGUCCUGUCUGUCCCGCCCUCCAGGAAGGGUUAGCCUGCUUUGUGGGUGAUUGCUGUGGGGUCCCCCGCCUUCACGUGUGUCUGAGGCCGAGCUUUUCGCUGGAAGGUCACGCACAAGCACAGAAGGGGUUAAGACGAAGUGUUCAGGGUUUGGGGGGUGGGACAGGGGAGUGGCCGUUACAGGACUUUUCGUAAUUGGGGUGUUACCGGCCAGGCCACACGCACCGUGUGAGGCCACACGCACCGUGUGAGACCUGAACCGUUAGCGACCCGAUCGGGACUCCCGUGUCUCUUUGGCCCUGACCUGCUUGCCUAAGAUUUGGGACCAGAAGUGUGUGAGGAGAGCCAGCGUUUGCCCGGGGGUGGUGACGUGCACACCCAGCAAGGGUCUGCCUGGGCACUGUCCCCAAGCUGAGAAUAAAGCUGAGAUUGUAAGUUAGCAUCUGGUUCCAAAAGACAAAAAAAUGCACCCAUGUGUGGAUGUGAACCUCAAAUGAUGAGGGAAUGCCCUUGAAGAGGGGUCUUGGCCGAGGCCUGAUGUGAGUGGUGUGGGGCCUGCUGUGGCAGACCACGAGUGGUGACUUUGUGUGCCAUUUUGGUAAUAGCACGAGCGUUUUUAAGUCCGGUCCUCCAUCUGCUGCAUCCAGCGCAGCGGAGAGGGGAGGCUUGGUGACCCAGAGGCCCCGCGUGUGGCCAAGCUGGCGAGGAGGCUGUGCCCCUGUCGGAAAGGGCAGACGUCCGUACGUGGGCAGGUCUUCUGGGUUCCUUUCUCGCUCGGUUUCUGACCUAACGCUUCUCGACCACGUUUAGCCCCUUUAGGUUGUGAAGUCCAUUUUAAGGUGGUUCUGAUCAGGAAGACUUCUGUGUGCGGCCUGGUGAGGCCUCCUUCUACCUCGUGCGGGCCGUAGCGUUCCACGCUUUUAGAACCGUUACGUUCAGCCUUUAAAAAUCUUUAAACAGAGAAAGUAAUUGCCGAGGCCUGCUGGUUAUCUUUGGAAUAUGAAUUUAAAGGAUUGUCAUUAGCUGAAAGAAUGGAGUCUGGUUAGAAAAGAGUCUCCACACGCUGUCAGUCUGUCACUGGCUGCUGCUUGGCUCUGAGGUUUGUCUUCCUUCCUUCCUUUUUCUUCCCUUUUUUUGUUUUAAGAAGUAUACUGGUUCCUGUGUAUUUUAGGAUUUUGGGUUAGGGACGUUGGUGUUGAUCCCUUUUCAGUUCUAUUUUGCUGUUUUACCUAGCCUGUUAGAAAUCACCACUGACUUACUGGCCGUUGAUGGAAAGCCGACUACCCUUAGCAGGUGGAAAAUGGCAUGCACCGUAUUCACCCUGUUCCUUGUACUGUCUGGGAAGACGCACACUCCCUUCCAUACUCCCUUCCAGGCGCUGUCACCAGCCAGGGAGGAUGUCCCUCAGGGUCCGUCCAAGAACCUGACAGCGACUAGACAGUUACACAUUAGAUCCGCUUUAUAACUUCUGGCCUACACGGAGCUGUUGAGCUUGGGCACAUAAUUCUUUGGUGUACGUUUUAAAGCAUGCUGAUCAUUCAGGCACACUGUAUCUUUAAGAAAUGUCGGCCCAUGCAGGGGUGCAGGGGUGCGGGGGGGAGGGCUUGCUGAGCUGCAGGUGGGAGCUUUGCUACUGUUGUCACGCUGCCCUGCCUUGCUAUUGCUGUUGCCUGUAGCAGGCUGGCCCUGGCCCCUCCCCCACUGCUGAGGACACUGUUGGGACGGAGUGGGGUCGGGUCGAUAGGACAUUGUAGAGACUCCUCUUACGAUCAGAGCCAGCCUUGAAUCUGGAUCUGGAGCGGCCGCCACAUGGCCUGAUGGCUGUGGCUGUGGCCGUGGCCGACCUGUUGGCUCUCACUGGCACCUUCUGGGGCCGUUGGACGACACAGAGGCUUCCAGGUUAGAAGGUGGGUGUGUGUGUGUGUGUGUGUGUGUGUGUGUGUGUGUGUGUGGUGUGUGUGUGUGUGUGUGGGGUGUGUGUGUGUUCUCGGUGACCCGGCCCAGCCCUAGAACUGAGGCGCCCCCAGGACAUUGUAGUCGAGGUCAUCUAGGAGGGUCGCUUUAAUAAAAGUUACUCUGAACUGUAGUGUUUUAGGUGGUGAAUGACUGAUUUAAAAAUUAUUUUAAUUCCACUCUUAAUAUUUCACUGUGAUGUUAAUUUGGAGGACCUGAGAUUGGUCUUUGGAUUUUAAGCUCAUUAACUCUGCUGAGCACAGGAUAUUUAUUGUUUGUAAAUCCAAGAUGCUAUGUGAAAGUACUUAUAGUUCUUUCUUCCUUUACAAAAGCGUAACGUAAACAUGGAAAUAAUGUUGGUUUAUAGAAAUAUAUAUUGUUCAAGGUCUGUAAUUGUAUUUCAAAAAUGAUGUGGAAUUCGAUUUGUGAAGGGAUUUGUUUUGUCAAAAAAUUUAAAAAUCACUCUGUACCCUGCCGUCUGAGGCACAGGCCGCGCCCCCCCCCCAGUCACAGCAGAGAGGACUGGGGUUCGUUAGUCCCCCUAAACGGCUACAUUGUUUCCUGAAGUUGGUUCAAAUAUGUUCACUAGGUUACUUUGUGUUCAUUAAUAUCAUCUUGAAAAAUCCCUGCUUUACUGUGGAGACAGCAUUCCCUGCCCCUAAAGGAACGUAUUUCUAAGGCAAAUAGGCAAUUUGAUACUAUCACAUACUGAGUGGAGGGUAGAGAAAGUGUUUUCAGACUCCAGAAAACUCGGAGAAGUCAGGAACUAAGCUGCUUGGAAAUCCGUGCCACAGGUGUGGCUUUGGUGGAUCGGGAAGCGACGGGAAAGUUGUUGACAGUCUGUGUCCGUUCAGUUACUACAUUUCUCUUUUUCCAAAUGCAUCCUAUUGGAUAUGGAAUAGACCGUAGAUGUCGUAGACUGAGAUUUGGGACCGUGUUGGGACCAUUCGGGUGAAGGUGUCGCUUUCACAAACGGCAUCUCCGAGUAAGUACCGUCACCUGGUGCCCGUGGAGGCGGAGCCCUGCACCCGGAGUAGAGGCUGGCGCGGUGCCCGUGUACUUUGCUCCUCUUGUGGGUGGUCUGCCGAGCGGAGAGCCGGUGGAUCCCUCCGACUGUGCUAGUGGUCGUUGGGUCGCUGGGAAGGGGUUCGCUGGGCCGAAGGUCGCAAUCUCCCGCAUCUGUGUCACGGACUGUAAUAUUGUAAGGUCUGUAUUCUGUAUGUGUAUCUUAGACCCCAAUCAGGAAACAAGCCUCAUGUGUGUCUUAACAUUUAUAUUUCCAUUCAAAAUAUGUAUUCAGUGUUUAUUUCCUCAAAACAGACUUUGUUAAUUUAGGAAAUAUCUCCAAGUGGAAACGUGCUAACUUUUUCUGUAAAUCUUAAAUAAAAGGUGCUGUUCCUUUCUUCGA